AUGGGUUUGGCUACAAGCACCCCCUCCGAACAGGGAUCAGCACACUCUGCAAGUGCUACCCGUAUGCUUUUGAGGGAGGUCCGAGACCUACUAAACGAACUUCAUGAGAAGGAGGCUCAGAAGAAUAUGAAAGGGGUGGAAGCCACCUGGAAAAUGGUGAUAAGCUCCCUAGAGGAGAUAAAAAGGGAGGUAAGGAUCACCAUUACGGCCAUAGACGAAGCACCGAAAAACGGCAGCCUCGUUAAGACACCACCCCCGGUGAUAGAAGACGCCGUGGUUCCCUCGGCACCUCCACUGCCAACUGAGACGGAGGAAACCAAAAAGGCUUUUCCAAUUCUGACAACUAACAGCUUUGCCGUUAAAGGAAUGAGAGGGAAGAUCCACCAUACCGUGGCCGAAUUCCUCUCCGACUUCGAACGUCAGAAGGAAAAAGCAUCAGGAAGUGCAAACCCAUCAAUAAGCGAAAGAGAGACCCCCAACCCAGGAAGUAAGGGCAACGAGGCAACAACCAUCCCAUCAACCACCCCGGUGGGACCAGAAUCGUCAAUAAAAGCAUUGCUAGAACAAACCGCCCAGACGAUAAAGUCACUAGAAAAGCGAAUAUCAAACUUGGAGCAGAGGACCCCGUUUCAAACUUACAGGGAACCACCCCCCAUCCUCGACGAUGAUGAGGAAACCACGCCUACGCCAAUAUUACCAAAGCAGAGCAGCCAGGGCACCCCCAUGUCCCAACCCGGACGAUGGUCCGGUAUCAUCCGUGACGCCAUCAUCGAGGGGGGCUGGGAGCCCAGUAACAAGGCGUUCCCUAUUAUCUAUGACAACAAUGGGCCGCCUAGUUACGAACAACACGGGUGGAAGACGCUCCAGCAGGCUAAAAAGACCUUAAGGGAAGAGGGGUUGAGAUCGGAAAGCGGCCAAGCCAUCCUGGAUUGGCUAUUUACAGCGGAUACGAACUGUCCACUGGAUUGCCGAAAUUUGGCCAGAUAUCUGCUCACUCCAUCCCAGCAGAUCGUCUGGAUAAAGGAAUGGGAGCGACUGGCUCACAUGGAGGCAAUCCGCCCCCGAAUAGCCGGCGACCCGUUAACAGGAAUAACGGGCGAAAUGCUGACAGGGGCAGGUCAGUACGCAGACAUGCAAAUCCAGUUGCAAUUUCCACCGCCGAUACAUCACGCCGCAGCACGGCUGGCCCGACAAGCGUUCAAUGUGGUCCCUGAACCCACCCCGCUUCCGUCGUUCACCGCGGUGAAGCAAGGAGUGAACGAGCCUUUCCAACACUUCGUGGAUAGGCUAUGGCAGGCGAUUACGGCUCAGUCCGAACUAGGAGCCGAGCAAAGAGACGCAAUGUUUAAACUCUUGGCCUUUGACAAUGCUAAUCCGAGAAUGAAAUCCUUAUUCUCGACGCUGCCAAAAACAGCUGGGGUUUCAGAUAUGUUAGAGGUCGCGGCUAGAGCCACCCAAAAUCAACAACACCAGGGGAUGGCCAACGCCUUUGCCGCAGCCCUGGAACCCACCCAAAAACUACUCGCGGCAGUAGCACAGCGUCUGGGUGAACAUAGGCAGUUUACUAGGAAAAAGAACAACCAAAGAAACCCCACCAACAAUCGAAGAAACCCCGCCUCCCUCUGCCGACGUUGCGGAAUAUCGGGGCACUCCACAACGAGAUGCUCGGCCACGGUUUGGUGCGACCGAUGCCAAACGGACACCCACAGCACUGAAUCGUGCUGGUCGGCAAAAAACUGGCGCGGCAGCGCGCAGGGCCCCCGCGCCGGGACACAAGUGGCAGGGCCAGCGCUCUACAACGACUCUCCGCUCCUGCCACAAGAGGGAGCCUUGGUUUCGACGUGCCCUGUUCAAUAG